AUGAAGUGUACAACGCUCUGGAGCUACCUUGCCUCUGUCCUCACCGUUGGUGUCUCGGCCACGGGUUUCAACCAAUCUUUGCCUCAGCAUAGGACAAACGGAGCAUCGAAAUGGGGAACCUUGGGGUGUCAGACCUUCCCUGAUUUCCUCACGUCCAAUCCGCUACCGGCUGGCUUCCCGUGGGGAGACAGGAGCGGGCUUAGCAACGAUCCAUAUGGCGAUGUUCCGAACACAGGAGUCACAAGAUACUACGACUUCAAUGUUGCUCGCGGCUAUCUUUCCCCGGAUGGCUACAACAAGAGCGGCAUUUUCGUCAACGGCGAGUUUCCUGGUCCGGCCAUUGAGGCCAACUGGGGUGAUAUGAUCGAGGUGCGAGUUCAUAACAACAUUGACGGCCCUGGGGAGGGCACUGCUUUCCACUGGCACGGCCUCACCAUGAAGGGAACCCAGUGGUUCGACGGUGUUCCUGGUGUUUCGCAGUGUCCCAUUGCUCCCGGAUCGUCUUUCACUUACCGGUUCCGCGCCGACGUUUACGGCACUUCCUGGUGGCAUUCGCAUUUUUCCGCCCAGUACACAGCAGGCGCAUUUGGGCCUAUGAUUAUCUAUGGGCCGAAGCAUGCCCCAUAUGAUGUUGACGUGGGGCCUCUCCUCCUCGGCGACCACUAUCACCGCGACUACUUUGAAGUCGUAGAGGACGCGGCCAGAGCAACAGAAGACUUCCACGUCUACGUCCCAGCAUCGGACAACAACCUGAUCAACGGCAAAAACAACUACAACUGCUCGAUGGCGACGACGGGGAACGCGACGUGCGUGUCCAACGCCGGCCGCGCGCAAUUCCGCUUCCAGCCAGGCAAGGUGCACCGCCUGCGGCUGAUGAACAUCGGCGCCGCGGCGCUGCUGCACUUCAGCAUCGACGGGCACAAGAUGCAGGUCAUCGCGCACGACUUCGAGCCCGUGGUGCCGUACGAAGCCGACUUCAUCACGCUGGGCGCCGCGCAGCGCACCGACAUCCUCGUCACGGCCGACGCGGACCCCAACCAGACGUAUUGGAUGCGGUCGACGAUCUCGGCGAACUGUUCGGAAGCGCGGACGACGGAGGCGCUGGCCGUGCUGUCGUACGAAGGCAACGAGGCCGUGCAAGAGGAGCCGCGCAGCAGGAUCAGCGCCGCCGCCGCCGCGGCUAACGCAAAGGACUUUUUGUGCAGGAACGACGAGCUGCAUCGCACGGUGCCGUUUUUCCCCAAGCCCGUCGCGGAGCCCGAUGUCACGGAGACGAUCGAGGUCGACUUGUUUACGAACGAGACGGGCCACCACGUCUGGAUCAUGAAUAACCGCACCCAGCGCACGAACUACAACGAGCCGGUGCUGCUGCUCGCGGACCAGGGCAACUCGUCCUUCCCCUCCGAUUGGAACGUGUACGACUUCGGCGCCAACAGGACCAUCCGCAUCGUGCUCAACACCGUCUACCAGUCGGCGCACCCGAUGCACCUGCACGGGCACUCUUUCCAAGUCCUCUCCGAAGGCCCCGGCGCAUGGGACGGCACGACGAUCGUGAACCCCGCCAACCCCGCUCGCCGGGACACGCACAUGCAGCGGCGGUACGGCCACCUGGUGAUCCAGUUCGAGGCCGACAACCCCGGCGCGUGGAGCUACCACUGCCAUAUUGCGUGGCACGCGAGCAUGGGGUACAACAUCAUGAUCAUGGAGCGGGGCGACGACUUGGCGUUGACCCAAGGCGCGAUUCCCAUGGUUAUGGAGCAGACGUGUACGGACUGGAAGGAGUGGACGAGCAAGAAUGUCGUCAACCAGAUCGAUGCGGGUAUUUGAGAUGCCGGCUUGUGGUUAGGGGUUUGUUUGGUGUUUUGGCUUUGUUUUGUCGCUUUGAGUGG